AUGACUACGAGUGGAGGAGGAGACGGACCAGCACGGUCAAAGGAUGGAGUUCCCCAGUGGGACGGCAACAGCGCUACUUUCCAGAGAUACGAGGAAGAAGCGCUGCUAUGGCAGGAAGGGAUUGCUUACCACAAGAGGUACAUGGCGGGGCCACGACUGGUGGCUGAGCUCCAGGGCUCGGCAAAGCGGAUGGUCGUGGGCAAAUCGGCAAGCUGGGUUUCCUACUCAGGGGGCGUGGAAGUCCUCAUGAGGCAUCUCCGUGACUGCCUCGGGAGACCACAGGUUGCGGAAUUGACUGAGUACCUCAAUCAAUAUUUCCGGCAUUCACGGCGCCGGAAUGGUGAGUCAAUCAAUGAGUACGUGACCCGGAAGAGCGAGAUCUAUAUGAGAGCGCAGCAGGCCCUUCACCGGGUCAAGCCACACCAGGAGCCCGCAACCUACCGUGUAUCCCGCGAAGCCGGGUACCCGGGACACCGUCGCAGCAGCUGGACUUCGGAGACCACGACCACAGCAGCAGAUGGAGACGAGGACGAGCCCGAAGCCUCAACAGAAAACACCCAAAACCCGAGUUGGGAUGCUAGCAGCUCCUACAGCGGAUGGGGUGGUAUGGGAGGCUACUGGAAUGGAGCCCCGUACUCCAACUGGUGGUCAUCGUCUACGUGGAACUGGGCGGAUAGCCGGUCCUAUGGCGAAGCAGGAGCCACACCCGGCCUGUGGAAUGGCCCCGUGGCGGGACAGACGGAGCUCCUGCCAGAGUGGGUACAGGCCUGGUACCUGUUACAGGAUGCCAACCUUAGCACCGGAGAGCGCAACAUGAUCUUCACAGCACUGAAGGGGGAAUUCAGUGUCUUGAAAGUGGCUCAGGAGCUGAGGAACCAGUGGACGGAGACGGAUCUCAAGAAGAGGGACCAGCACUAUAAGGGCUCAGGCUUCCUAGGCGAGGCCGGUGAGGACGAGGACAACGAGCAGCAGGAGGCCUGGCAGGCGGGCGAGCACAGCGAGUACGAUGCGGACUUGAAUGACGAGGGUGCCGCCCUCGUCGCGGAGGCCGAGGACGAAGCUCGCCAAGCGUGGGCCACCCUGCAGACAGCAAAGCGCACCUUGAAGGAUGCACGACAGCGCCAACAUCAGGUCCGGAUGUCCAGGAAGUACUACCAGAGCGGUGGCAGCAGCUCUCAGACCGGACCUCGGCCACGGGAUGACUCGAGAAUGACAUGUCUCAAGUGUGGCCAGAUAGGCCACAGGGCGGCUAACUGUCCGCAAGAGAAAGCACAUGUGGCCGAGGACCAGUCGGCGCCAUUCGUCUGUUUCGCGGAACAGGCGCUCCUUGGUGGCCAGGAGAGCGGCGGUCAUGUUCCCACCACGACAGAGGCUGUACAGGCCGGGUGGGGCGUCAUCGAUGGGGGCGCGACGCGCACCUUGGGAUCGGUCAAGGCCAUCGAGGCGGUCAUGAAGGUCAAUGAGGGCAAGCACGGGACAACUGGGGUCAAGAACGUGGACCUCAAGAACCGUCCUGUGUUUGGUUUUGCGGACUCCGGUGAAGCCAAGUGUGUGUCAACAAUCGACUUGGGACUCCAGGCGGGAAGCCAUGAGGGAAUGCUCAGAGUGCACGCCCUCAACAAGGGCUCGGGGCCCAUACUGGUUUCCGUGGCCACACUCAGGGCACUUGGAGCAAUCAUUGACUUUGAGGAGGACAUCUUGGUCUUGCGAAAGCUCGACCCGACGAAGCUAAUCCCCCUCCAGCGAUCGACCACAGGCCAUCAGCUCGUCAACCUCACCGACGAUCUUUUCCGAGAGGCCCUUCCGUUCCCCAUGCCGGCCAUGGAGAAGAUGAACGCCAAACAGCUGCGCGAGGCCAUCGGCACCUUCGGCGAGAUCCCAGCAGAGAGUUGGAACAAUUCUCAGCUACGACACCGGCUGCAGGAGCUCAUGACCGAACAAGAGGAGGAAUGGGCCAACCCGGCCCGACGCAGCAAGGACACGCCCUUGCAGCAGCAGAUCAAGCAGCUCAAUCGGAACAAGCGCAAGAAGGCAGAUCUGCAGGAGUAUGUCGCCAAGGUGUUGGGACUGACCGUGAGCGAGAACGAAACGAUGAUGCAGCUCGAGACGAAGGCCCUCGACCACCUCUAUGCCAAUGUCGAGAGCUGCGGCCGCGACGCGGUCGGAUUUGGGCGCCAUGCAAGCUUGACCUAUGCCGAGCUGGUGCAGCAGUACCCCCGCUACACGGAGUGGGUCAAGGCAACCCACAAGGAGACCGACGAGACAAAUCCGAGACUCAAGCGGUUGGCGGCAUGGUUGCUGCGAGCUACAGAUGUGAGCGAGGCGGUACAGUGCCCGCCAUGGGCACUGCAGAGUCCCCCAUGGGAGAAGGACCCGCAACGGCUACGGUUGAAGAUCAAGGGCGGCUACUUGGUGGAGCCAGAGGCCGAGACCCCGCAGACGGCAUCGACAUCAUCCGCCGGAGCACCGCCCUAUCCAGCUCAGCAGAUGGAGUUGAUGACAACCAUGAUGGAGACCAUGAAGGGCAUGCAAGAAGACAUCAAGGAGCUCCGGCAGAUGAGCCACUCGGCGGACGAGCGGCCCCGGAAGAAGGAGUCACUGGAUGGCACGGUCCUACAAGGACGAAAGCUACCAACCCUGGGCCAGUGCGUCACCUUCUCUCCGAAGGCGGUAGAGUGGUUGAAGAUGAGUUGCUUGGGGAACUUCGGUCGGUUGGGUUUGGAUGUCCUGAGGGAGGUGUGGAUAAGCGGUUUGAUGAACGUAUCAAGAAACAACUGUAUCUUCUACACGCGGCUACGGGACAUGGGAGCACACGACAUCUGGUGGAUGCCUUGCGCCGAAGAGGUCAUCGCCACAUGUCCACCCUGGAACCACUUCCCCCAAGAUGGAGCACCAUUUCCGCCGAUGUGGGUUCUUAGGCUUGAUCCUGCAGGGUCCUUCCGAAGCCAGCAUGUGGAAAGCUUUUGUGAUAGGCACAAGAUUUUCCUGGAGAUUAUCCCCGGUGAAGCCCAUUGGAAACUGGGGAUCUGUGAACAGGCUGUUCAGGGAUUGAAGGAAGUUAUGACGAAGACGUGUUUGGGGGAAGAGGGCAUUAACCCUGAAGAAGCACUUGCCACGGCAGUCAUGACGUUCAAUCAUCGGGAUAUUGUCCGAGGGUUCUCUCCUGUGCAGCAUGCGCUUGGCCACAACCCCGAUCAAGUAGGUCCUGUGAUGGAAGUGAUUAACCAGGCCCCCGUGUCCAUGUUGUGGGAAGACCCCCAAGGUGAGGUGGAACGGGCCUCAAGAUUAAGAGCGGCGGCAGAGGGCGCGCAUGCAUCUUGGAUCGCACGCCAGCGAAUUGUACGGGCUCAAAACUCCAAGGGCCAACCGGUUCUUGAUUUUCAACCGGGUGAGUUAGUGUAUCUAUGGAGAGCACAGACGGGUCAGCAGGGUCGCCGACAACCGGGCGACAAACAUGGCCAGUUCAUAGGCCCAGCGAGGAUCCUGGCCACGGAAAAGAAGAAGGAUGAGUCUGGACACUUGGUGCCCGGAAGUUCAGUGUGGCUCGUCCGAGGGAGGAGCUUGAUUAAGUGCUGCCCGGAACAACUGCGGAGGGCCUCUCAGAGGGAGGAGCUCCUGGAGAUGCUCGCGAAGCCAGAGGACCGAACGCCCUGGUCGUUCCAAAGAGUUGCGGCGGAGAUCGGCGGCAACCAGGUCAAAGACUACUCCCAGCAACGCCCCACGCCACCAGAGUGGCAUGGAGCACAAGAUGUGGAAGAGACAGCGCCGCCUACGCGAGUCCGAUUUCGAGGCAAGAGGGCCCAACCGGAAGCCAUGGCAGAGCCUAUGGAGGAGGACGAGGAGCACCGCUCACCGGCCUCAGCAAGCUCAAGCAGAGCUCGGCUGGAAGGUGCACAGGGCAGUGGUUUCCAAGCGGCGGAAGCCUGGUGGGCAUCCGUGCCGGACCGGGAGUGGGAGCCAAAGCCAGCGGCUUACUGGAACGACGAGGACGCAGCAGUUUCCGUGGAGAUUGAGCUUCCCACCAACGUGAGAGGACUGCAGAAGACACUACACCAGCUGCCCUCCUACUUUGUGGGAGCCAUGAAGCGAAGGGCAAUUGAGGUCUGUGAGCGAAAACUGUCGCCGACCCAGAAGGAGGAGUUCAGAGCGGCAAAGAACAUCGAGGUCCGCAAUUUUAUAGCAUCAAAGGCCUUCGAAGUGCUCCCAGAGGAGUUAAAGCCAAGUCGGGAGCAAGCCAUCAAUAUGAGGUGGAUACUAACUUGGAAGUCCACCGAUUCCGGUGGCCAGAAGGCUAAAGCAAGAGCUGUGCUAUUAGGGUACCAAGACCCUAAAUACGAACACCGAUCGACCACAGCUCCCGUGAUGACGCGUCAGACGCGUCAAAUGCAAUUGCAAUUGUCCACCAACCGCGGCUGGACGGUGCAAAAAGGAGACGUGUCUGGAGCGUUUUUACAAGGCCGAGAAUACCCAGACCAGCUGUUUUGCAUUCCGUGCAAAGAAAUCUGCGAAGCCAUGGGGUUGCCAGAGGGAACUAUCACCCGCCUCCGGCGUGCCUGCUACGGACUUGUAGACGCACCACUGGAAUGGUACAGAACCGUGGACGAGUACUUAGUCGAGUUGGGACUCGAGCGGACGCAUGCCGACGCGUGCGCAUGGGUCUGGCGUCCCAAUGGAAAACUACGAGGCAUGAUAUCAGGCCACGUCGACGACUUCUUGUUUAGCGGAGGGGCUGAGGACGCCGACUGGCAAGCCUUGUUAGAAAAGAUUCGCCAACGGUUCAAGUGGGGAGACUGGGAUCAAGACAAGUUUGUGCAGUGUGGCGUGCAUGUUGAGCGGACUUCAGAGGGUUUCUUACUGAGUCAGCCGACGUAUUUGGAAGGGGUUAAAGAGAUUCCACUUUCUUCCAGUCGCCGAAAGAUGAAGGAUGCUGCUACUGGGGAGCGAGAAAAGACACAGUUGAGAGCCCUUCUAGGUGGCCUCUCAUGGCACGCCCAACAAGUAGCACCACACUUGUCUGCUGAAGUAAGCCUCCUGCUCUCAGAAAUCUCCGAGAGCAAUGUCAAUACGAUCAUCAAAGCUAACCUUCUGGCCCAUCACGCAAAAGCCCGCCAGGACCAUCAGAUGUUGAUACACCGUUUCUCAGCUGAGGAACCGUUGGCAUUGUUUGGCUGGGUGGACGCGGCGAGCCAGAACCGCCGCGAAGGUGGAUCGACUCAAGGGAUUUUUAUAGGCAUGGGCCCUGCGAACAUGUUGCAGGGUGAGAUGGGACGUGUGACACCCAUUGCAUGGCACUCCAAUAAGAUAGACAGGGCUUGUAGAUCACCAGGUGCGGCAGAGGCACAAGCAGCUGUUAACGGGGAAGAUGCAUUAUAUUUUGCCCGUUACCAAUGGAGUGAGUUGUGUUUUGGGAAUGUGAAUCUGCGUCAUCCCGACGAGACGGUUGCCAAGGUCACUGGAUGUCUGGUGACAGACUCCAGAAACGUUUAUGAUAAGUUGUACACUGAGGUGCUUGUCAUAAAAGGGGCGGAAAAGCGCACCAACAUUGAGUUGUUGGCCAUCAAGGAAGCUCAAAGGAACCACGGGGUGCUCAUCCGCUGGGUACAUUCAGAAGCACAACUAGCCAACGCGCUCACGAAGCAUGGCAGUAAGGAGCUGGAACUGUACUACCGUAUGCGCCACGCCUGGCGCAUCGUGGAG